GGGGAGCAGCAUUUAUAAACCAUAUAUAUCCACACAGAGAGAAAGAAAGAGAGAGAGAAGGGAUUUAUAAUAUUAUUAUCAUAGAAAAUAUUAUAGAUUUAUUAUUAAAUUAAUAUCUAUAUAUAGAGAGAGGAGAAAUUAAAGAGAAUGGGAAGAGGAAGAGUGGAGCUGAAGAGAAUAGAGAACAAGAUAAAUAGGCAGGUGACAUUUGCUAAGAGAAGGAAUGGGUUGCUGAAGAAGGCUUGUGAACUUUCAGUGCUUUGUGAUGCAGAGAUUGCUCUCAUCAUCUUCUCCAAUCGUGGCAAGCUCUAUGAGUUCUCCAGCGGCUCUAGCAUGGCCAGAACUCUUGAGAGGUAUCAAGCAUGCACUUACGGAUCAAUGGAGACCAAUGAAGCAGGAAAAGACACAGAGAGCAGGUAUCAGGAAUAUGUGAGACUAAAAGCCAAAGUCGAACUCUUACAACGUUCACAGAGGAAUCUUCUUGGUGAAGAGCUGGGAGAUUUGGGCUCCAAGGAGCUAGAGAGGCUUGAGCAUCAGCUGGACUCAUCAUUGAGGCAAAUUAGGUCAACAAAGAGCCAAUUUAUGCAUAAUCAACUUGUUGAGCUUCAGAAGAAGGAAGAAAUGCUGCUAGAAACCAACAAAGAAUUAAGGAAGAAGUUGGAGGAUUCUAAUGCUUGCAUGCGACCCAUGCACGCCGGGGAUCAAAGCAUUCCCCACCAUGCACGCCGGGAUGAUCCGCAGGAGGGUUUUUUCCAGCCUCUACACUGCAAUAAUACAGUACCCCAAAUAGGCCAUAGUUACAAUCUGGAGGCAAGAGAUCAAGUGAAUGUUUCGACUGCUGCGACGCCAUACGUGAACCGAUUCAACCUGGGUUGGAUGCUUUGAUGAUAUAUAUAUGAAGUUGCAUAAACUGUAGAAGUACUUGUCCUUGAACAAAAAAAUCUAAAGAAAGAAAAGAGAACAUGGUUUGUGUAAGAAGUGCAAAUUAUAACUGGUUAUUCCAAUAAAUCCGGAUUUGUUUUUCAUAAAGCUUGGAGCAUAUGAUGUAAAAUGGCAUCAACUGAUCCUCUAUUUGUGAGUAGUUAUUUAUGUUUA